UCUAUCCAAUUUUUCAGUAUACGAAGUUUUUUUUACAAAAAUGCAAUACAUAUAUUUAAAUUAAAAAAAAUACAUAUCUCCGCAUUUAGCCAUUGCGUGACGUAGUGCAUGGCGGGAAAACUGUUUUCAAAGAAUACGUGCUGCACAUGCAUAGAAAAGACAAGUGUACCUAUAGCGUUCAGCUAUUAUGUUCAACUUAUAACAAAUUAUUUAAUACGGGACAAUCUGGUUUUGAGCUUCAAAAAUUCUCAAGUGGGUGAAUGGCAAAUAAAAAUGGAAAAAGAACAAUGUGUUGUGUGUCCACGUGGGCAUAUAAGCGAGUCAAGUUGCACCGUAACUACAUGCACCUGGCCUUUAUUGAAUAUUGACCGACCCCAAGGAUGCCAGGAGUAUUAUCCUCCUAUUAAACGGAUAAAAGGAAUCAGAUUUGUACAACCCUCGAAUGCACCGUGGGGUCACACCCCUUGGACGAAUUUAAUUUAUCGCCCUGUGAUAAAAGGGGGCUUUAAAUAUUUCGGAGUGAAUAAAUUAGUACCUCUAGGUCCUCCCCCAAAUUCACCUGUGCUCUGUCGUCCCACUGCUAUCAGAAAAACUGAUUGUCCGGGAAUGAUAGUUUAUUGUGAUAGCAGAGUCUGUUAAAUUGGAUAUAU